AUGAGAUUCCUGUCUCACGACGAUCCCUGGCGAGAAGCAUCCGGUGUCCUUGAAGGAUGCGCAGGUCAUUGGACUUUGUUACAAUCAGCCAUCUGUUAUAAUCUGCUGAAGCGUUUAUCAGAAAUACUUCAGGAAACGGUCAUCCGC